ACUGCGCUUCCUGAGGGAGGUUUUUGUUUUUUUUUUUCUUCCCUCUCGUCUUCCGGCCCCUCACCCUCCGCCUCCUCUAUAGGUCAUCGCCGGAGGUGGAGGCGGAAGCCACGCCCCUAGCAACCAAGGGCCCAAUAGGAGAAGGGGCUGCGGUUGUUAAGGCAAACUGUGGCCGGCAAGAUGGCCUCGGCUGGCAAGGAGCCUGAGGACUCCCGCUCGCCUUACCAGGGCUCGAUGCGGAGGAUGGUGCGGGACGGUUAUGGGCACUAUCUGUACCAAAAUACUUUCUUUCGAUAUGAAGGAGAAUGGAAAGAUGGGAAGAAGCAUGGUCAUGGAAAAUUGUUAUUUAAGGAUGGAAGUUACUAUGAAGGCGAAUUUGUGGAUGGUGAGAUCAUAGGAAGGGGACAGUGUCACUGGGCAUCAUCAGGAAACACUUAUUCUGGGCAGUUUGUUUUAGGGGAACUUCAAGGGCACGGAAUAAUGAAGUACAAAGAUGGAAAAUAUGAAGGGGAAUUUUCCCAUGGAGUGAGAGAAGGGCAUGGGUCCCUCAUUGAUAAAAAUGGACAAGUUUACGAAGGCUCGUUUCAUGAAAAUAAAAAGCAUGGUGUGGGACAGACGACCUUCAACAAUGGCGAUAAAUAUGAAGGAGACUGGAUUCUGGACCAGCGACAGGGCCACGGGGUGCUGCACUCCGCGGACGGGUCGACUUACAAGGGACAGUGGCGAAAUGGUGUAUUCAAUGGCCAAGGCCUCAUGAUUCAUUGCUCUGGCACCAUCUAUGAUGGCCUGUGGAUCAAUGGCUAUCCUGCAACUCAAGCCUCAAAGAUUGUGAUUUUGGGUCCAAAGGUGAGCAAGGUGGUGCAGGGCUCUUCGAUCACCUUGAGCAUUAAGCUCCAGACCAACGAUGGGGAAAUUGUCGAAAGUGAGAGUGGCCGAGCUUUAAAGGUCCGGGCUGGAGUCUGAUCCGUGCAGCUGCUGGCUUUCUCGAAUUUCAGUUUGUUCAAGGUGACUGGAGAUGCUGAGGCAAAACUGAUCCAAACUCCCUUUGGAUUUGAGUGCAUUGACUAUCCUUUGACUCCCCCUGUGUCUGGAAGCCCAGAGGAGGACACUUCCAAAUCUGAAUGUCCUGAAGAUGCACCAUGUUUCCCAAAGGAAGAUUUGGAAUCAGAAUCCCUAUUGGAAUCCCUAUUGUAUCGUGGAAGAGCUGACUCUGAUGACCUGGAGGAAGAACCUCAUCUGACCUCAAGCCCAGGAAACCAGACUUUUUCUUCUCCACAUUAUCAACAAGUCAAUCAUGGUUGUGCUGAAUUUCGUAACAUCUCUCUUGCAACUCCCCCCCCAGAAUACUAUCCCAUCAUGUUCUUGGGUAGCCUCCCCAACAAGAAAGAAGACCAGCGGCCGCAUGACAUUCGAUAUUCUGAGAAGAGGGGAAAAUCAAAGAAAAAGAUUCCACAGUGCAGGCCAUCUCACAUGACGGGCAGCUAGGUGGCACAGUG